CGUUGGUCCCGCGCAAAAGUAUUGGUCAUUUCGCUAGAGCAUGUCGGUCGUGAGCAGCGUUCCCCGCCUGCGCCUCGUGACGGACCCGAACAAGGGCCGGUCGCUUGUGGUCGCGUCGCCCGAAGGUGUUGUCGCCGGCACCAUCCUCUUUUCCGAAAAGGCGUACGCAGGCGUCGUCCUCUCCGAGUUCAACGGCGCGAUUUGCAACGUCUGCUACAAGGCAGCGGACCCGGACAUUUGCUGCGACGACUGCUCCGAAGUCACGUACUGCAGCGACGCAUGCCAGUCGCUGCUGCAGCAUGUGCACGACCUCGAGUGCCCCGUCCUCGAGGACAUUGACAUCAUGGUGAAAAAGUCGGGCACGGACCGCGACCUCCUCCGGCUCCUUCUGCGCCUGCUCUGCACCCGCGCGUCCGAAGCCGCGCGCCCUACAUCGAGCAGUGAUGUCGUUGCCACGACGUUCGAGCACGUACGCGAAAUGGUCCAUGCGACGCAUCUCCUCGGCGACGCAUGGAACACGUCGGUGGCGUCCGGCGCCGCGAUGCUACUGGCGGCGCUGCCGUCGUCCGUGACGGCGUCGCUCACCGUCGACGACGUGGUCGAGCUCGCGGGCCGCAUCAACGAAAACUCGUACUCGGUCGACUCGUGGACAGGCCAGCCCAUGGUGACAGCCGUCUGCAUGUUUCCGCUUGCCGGCCUCGUCAACCACGCGUGCGACCCCAACUGCACGUGGUCCAACGCCGGCGACUCGACGAUCGCGGUCAAAGCGACGCGGUUCAUUCCCUGCGGCGAAGAGAUCUCGCUCACGUACAUUGACACGAACCGCAGCCGCGACGUCCGGCAGGCCGACCUCGCCGCCACCAAGCACUUUGACUGCCGCUGCGCGCGCUGCACCGAGCCGCUCGCCACGUCCGUGGACCUGCGCGUCGACGGCGUGUGCUGUGCGUCUUGCGGCGUCGACGGGCUCUUUGUCGGGUCUUUGGAGGACAAGACGACGCCGUGGGCGUGCAAGGGCUGCGGUCGCAGCGUGAGUGCCGACGCGAUCGAGCAGUUCAAGGUCGAAGCCGCGGCGCUUCUAGCGCGAGCCGACGCUGCGUACGCCAAGCGCCAGUACAAGGAGACCACUGACGUCCUCGACGACCUCCGGGAGCACUACGACGUGCACUCGACGAAUGUCGCGGAUCUCUUCUUGCACCCGAGCCACUAUAUCCUCACCAAGGCGCUCCGGGUUCUCGCCGACUGCAACACCAAGAUCGGCAACAUCGAGACAGCAUACGCGAACCGGAAGGACGUCAUUGCACGCCUUGCCUCGGUCGUGCCGCAAUACUCGUUCUUGAUGGGCAACUGCUACUUUGAUCUUGGCGACAUUCUCGCCAUCUGUCUCAAGCACCACGUGUGGAAGGACGAUGCUGAGGUCGCCGCCAAGCGCGCGGAGGCCGACGCGGCCUUUGCCACGUGCGUCGACAUCCGGACGAUCUGCUUUGUGGCUGAGCACCCGCUCGUCGUCGAAGCUCGGAAGCGCCUGGCGUAGACCGCUGUCGCCACUAAUCUUAACCAGCGUGUGCUUGUCAUCUC